AUGAUUGCAGCAAUCAAUCCUAUAAUGGUAUCGUUCAAAAAAUUACUUACGUCACUGGACGUUCCAGAAAUAUCGCCGCAGGCGCAGUUCUCAGAAAAGUCUGUGUUUUUAGCUGAAAUUGAAGGUCAAAGUGGAACUCAGAAAAGGAAUCUGUCGUCAGAUAUGGAAGAAGAAUAUAUCAAAACAACUGAAAAAUUCUGGAAAAGAAUACAUUUCCCACACCGGAAAAAAGAUUGCAAG